UACAAUUUCUCGUUUUUUAGUUUCCUUGACGAUUUGGAUCGGUUAGGCGCUAAGGAUUAUCAGCCAACUGAGCAGGAUAUUCUACGCACUCGUGUCAAAACAACUGGUAUUGUUGAAGUGCACUUCUCCUUCAAAAAUCUUAACUUCAAACUAUUUGACGUUGGUGGGCAACGUUCUGAACGAAAGAAAUGGAUUCAUUGUUUUGAGGAUGUAACUGCAAUUAUUUUCUGCGUUGCCAUGUCAGAAUAUGAUCAAGUCUUGCAUGAAGAUGAAACUACGAACCGAAUGCAAGAAUCACUCAAACUCUUUGAUUCUAUUUGCAAUAAUAAAUGGUUCACAGAUACUUCGAUUAUAUUAUUUUUGAAUAAAAAGGAUUUAUUCGAGGAAAAGAUUCGAAAGAGUCCAUUGACAAUCUGCUUCCCCGAGUAUACAGGUGGACAAGAAUAUGGAGAAGCAGCUGCAUAUAUUCAAGCUCAAUUUGAAGCGAAAAACAAAUCAACCUCAAAAGAAAUUUACUGCCACAUGACGUGUGCCACAGAUACGAACAACAUUCAAUUUGUAUUCGAUGCUGUCACCGAUGUGAUCAUUGCAAAUAAUUUGCGAGGUUGCGGUUUGUACUAAACUAAGUCAAACAAAUUAAAAAAAGGAACUAAUGAUGGAAGCCAUUUUAUCUCUCUAUUAACAACAAUAACACAGCAAUAAUUGUAAUGUUGAUUAGAACAAUAGCAGAAAAUAAUAUAAUAAUAAGGACAACAUGAAAUUGGAUUAGAAAUAGUAAAAUAGUUAAGCAAACAUCAAUCAUGAUCACAAAAACAAAACAACUGACACAAAAUAUUUUGUAUAUCCUUUCUAAAUGCUGAAAACACUCUUUUUUCUAGACUCAGUGAGAAUUCUUCAAAACUUCAAUAUCUUUAAUUGAUUUUA